AGCGCGGGGCGGGGUCCCCGGCCGGGCCGCGGGGGCGGGCGCGGGGGCCGGGCCGGGGCGGGGCGCGCUGGGCUCUGCGCUCGCGGGCUCGGCGGGCUGUGCGCGCCCACUCCCGCUCCAGGCGGCCAGCGCGCGCGGGCCCAGGCCGCCCGGCUCCAGCCCAGCAGCAGCGGCGGCAGCUCGCGGCGAGUCCCCGCGCCACUCUCGCAGCCCCUCCCCGGCGCGGUGCAUGGAGACGCGGCCCGCCGCCCGCCGUUGAGCCCGCCGCCCCGCCCGGGACCCGCCGGGGCUGGGGUUGCCUCAGACUCCGGCCGGCCCCCGCCGAAGCCGGACUCGGGCUUGGCCGGCCGCCCCCGCCGCCCCGGGGCUGCGCGCGGCCCGCGGGCCUCGUCGCCCGCGCGGAUCGCCGCGGCCCGGCCGUCCCGUCCCAGGAAGUGGCCGUCCUGGCCGCCAUGGCUCACUCCCCGGUGCAGUCGGGCCUGCCAGGCAUGCAGAACCUGAAAGCAGAUCCAGAAGAGCUUUUUACGAAACUGGAGAAAAUUGGAAAAGGCUCUUUUGGCGAGGUGUUCAAAGGCAUUGACCUUCGGACUCAGAAAGUGGUUGCCAUAAAAAUCAUUGAUCUGGAAGAAGCUGAAGAUGAGAUAGAGGACAUUCAACAAGAAAUCACAGUGCUGAGUCAGUGUGACAGUCCCUACGUAACCAAAUAUUAUGGAUCCUACCUGAAGGACACUAAGUUAUGGAUAAUAAUGGAAUACCUUGGUGGAGGCUCCGCGCUAGAUCUAUUAGAACCUGGCCCUUUAGAUGAAACUCAGAUUGCUACCAUCUUAAGAGAAAUCCUGAAAGGACUUGAUUAUUUGCAUUCUGAGAAGAAAAUUCAUAGAGAUAUUAAAGCUGCCAACGUCCUGCUCUCGGAGCAUGGGGAGGUGAAGCUGGCCGAUUUCGGGGUGGCGGGCCAGCUGACGGACACGCAGAUCAAAAGGAAUACCUUUGUGGGCACCCCAUUCUGGAUGGCGCCUGAGGUCAUCAAACAGUCCGCCUAUGACUCAAAGGCAGACAUCUGGUCCCUGGGCAUAACAGCCAUCGAGCUCGCGAAGGGGGAGCCCCCUCACUCGGAGCUGCACCCCAUGAAGGUUUUAUUCCUCAUUCCAAAGAACAAUCCCCCGACGCUGGAAGGGAACUACAGCAAACCCCUCAAGGAGUUUGUUGAAGCCUGUUUGAAUAAGGAGCCAAGCUUUAGACCCACCGCGAAGGAGUUACUGAAGCACAAGUUUAUAAUACGCAACGCAAAGAAAACCUCCUACCUGACCGAGCUCAUCGACAGGUACAAGAGAUGGAAGGCCGAGCAGAGCCACGAGGACUCGGGCUCCGAAGACUCAGACACGGAGACGGAUACGGACAGCCAGGCCUCUGGAGGCAGCGACUCUGGGGACUGGAUCUUCACUAUCCGAGAGAAAGAUCCAAAGAGUCUUGAAAAUGGAGCUCUUCAGCCUUUGGACUUGGAAAGAAAUAAGAUGAAAGACAUCCCAAAGAGGCCUUUCUCUCAGUGUUUAUCUACAAUUAUUUCUCCUCUCUUUGCAGAGCUGAAGGAGAAGAGCCAGGCGUGCGGAGGUAACAUGGGGUCCAUAGAGGAGCUGCGCGGGGCCAUCUACCUGGCCGAGGAGGCCUGCCCCGGGAUCUCGGACACCAUGGUGGCCCAGCUCGUCCAGCGGCUGCAGAGAUACUCUCUAAGUGGUGGAGGAACUUCAACCCACUGAAAUUCCUUUGGCAUUUGGGGUUUCUUCUCUUCUUCUUCCUCCUCCUCCGAAAACGUCCACGAGAGCCUUUGCUGACCCCGCUGCUGUGGUGUGACAUCCGGGGGCCCCCCACCCCCGACCCCGGCCGCGGGUGCCCACCAUCCUGGGGCGCACGCCCCCCCCCCCUCACCGGCUUCCGCCCGACGGACUCGUCCUGUGGGCUGGGGAGGGUCGGCUCCUGCAAGCGAUCAUUUUAUUUUCUCGUUCGUGUUUUUUAAUUUUAGCCAUCGUGCACAUAUCAAGGAAAGUGUCUUUAAAAACAAAAACAAACCCUGAAAUGUAUAUUUGGGAUCCUGACAAGGCAAUUGAGGACAUGAAAUCUCAGGUACCCUGCUUUAAGUGGGUGACUCCCCCCGCCGCGGGAGACGGAGUAUCGCUCUGGUGGGUCAGUGUACAGAUUUGUAUAUAGUGUCAUUUUUACGGAAACCCUUUUGGCGUGCAUAAGGAAUCACUGUGUACAAAUUGGCCAAGUGCUUCUGUAGAUAAUGUCAGUGGAGUAAAUAUUUGACAGGCCAUAACUCGAGUCUAUUGCCUUGCCUUUAUUACAUGUAAAUUUUGAAUUCUGUGAUCAGUGAUUUGGGUUUUAUUUUGUAUUUGCAGGGUUUGCCAUUAAUACGACUUCCUGCCCCCCUCAUGGAACACUCCUCUUUGUACCUCCGCAAAUGCAGAUCCCCUCUUGUUUGCCCGACGGCCCUUUUGGUACACACACAGGUUGAUUUCCUUCCAUUUGAUGGUACUAUUUCUUAGCGUUUUAAAUUGGAACAUAUCUUGCCUCAUGAAGCUUUAAAUUAUUAUUUUAAGUUUCUCCCCGAUGAAGUGCUCUCGUCUUCACGUUUGUUUGAAAUCGUCCCACGGCCGGCCCCGCGCCAGCUCUCCUGUCCUUCCCAGUAGGAUUUUCUGUCGCGCCUCGUAGUGGAAUCCGCAUAUCAUCUUGCCCACCUAAAAAUGUCUGAAUGCUUACACGAAUAAAUUUUAUAACACACUUA